UCUCAUCCUGGUUCUGUUCCACCUUCAGUUGGCCCUAUCGAAUCUUUUCAUCCCCCUCCCUCUUUCUCUCUUUUGUUUUUUCGAUCAUUAUUCGCCGCCCAGUUCUCACAAUCAAUCCUUUCCAGCAGCAUCCAACUAGUUCAGUGUCAGGACAAACGAGGAGCGGAGAGAUUCAAGACCCCAGGAAGAUGAGUGGAGCAGUCCUUGUGGCUAUUGGCGCUACAAUCGGUAACCUAUUGCAAGGAUGGGACAAUGCCACAAUUGCUGGGGCUGUACUAUACAUAAAGAGGGAGUUCAAAUUGGAGUCAGAUCCUACUGUAGAAGGUUUAAUCGUGGCCAUGUCGCUUAUUGGUGCCGUAUUGGUUACUACGUUCGCUGGCGGUGUUGCUGAUUGGCUUGGUCGUCGUCCUAUGCUUAUAGUCUCGUCUGUCCUUUAUUUUGUGAGUGGUCUUGUGAUGUUCUGGUCCCCUAAUGUGUAUGUCCUGCUUUUGGGAAGGCUGGUUGAUGGGUUUGGAGUUGGCUUGGCUGUUACUUUAGUUCCUAUCUACAUAUCUGAGACAUCGCCUCCAGAAAUUAGAGGUUUACUGAACACUUUGCCUCAGUUUUGUGGUUCUCUUGGAAUGUUUUUGUCAUACUGCAUGGUGUUUGGAAUGUCAUUGAUGAGCUCGCCAAGCUGGAGAUUAAUGCUUGGUGUUCUUUCGAUUCCUUCGAUUGCUUAUUUUGCUGUAGCAGUGCUUUAUUUGCCUGAGUCUCCUAGAUGGCUUGUUAGUAAAGGGCGGAUGAUUGAGGCCAAGCAGGUUUUGCAGAGGCUCCGUGGCAGGGAAGAUGUAGCUGGUGAGAUGGCAUUGUUAGUUGAAGGCCUUGGCAUCGGCAGUGAAACACAUAUUGAGGAGUACAUAAUUGCCCCUGCUGAUGAACUUGCUGAAGAUCAGGAGCCGAGUGCAGACAAAGAGCGGAUAAGGUUGUAUGGUCCUGAAGAAGGAAAGUCCUGGGUUGCUCAACCUGUUACUGGGCAAAGUGUACUUACUCCGGUAUCUCGACAAGGAAGCUUAAUAAACCAGAAUGUUCCCCUUAUGGAUCCUCUAGUUAGCCUCUUUGGAAGCAUUCAUGAAAAGCUUCCAGAUACUGGGAGCAAAGGAAGCAUGUUUUUUCCACACUUAGGCAGCAUGUUUAGUGUAGCAGGAAAUCAACCUAGAAAUGAAGAAUGGGAUGUAGAGAGUCUUGGCAGAGAGGGAGAGGAUUAUGCAUCUGAUGCUGCUGGAGUUGAAUCUGAUGACAAUUUACAAAGCCCACUAAUAUCACGUCAGACAACCAGCAUAGAAAAAGACAUGGCUGGACCUCCUUUACAUGGAAGUAUUUUGAGCAUGAGGCAGGGUACUGCUAUUCGAGGGGCCAAUGGGGAAACAUCUGGUAGUACAGGCAUCGGUGGCGGGUGGCAGCUUGCAUGGAAGUGGAUAGAGAGGGAAGGUCAAGAUGGAAAGAAAGAAGGAGGGUUUAAGAGAAUUUAUUUGCAUGAGGGUGGUGUUUCUGCAUCCCGCAGAGGUUCUGUGGUCUCAGUUCAUGGUGAUGAUGUGCCUGCAGGUGGCGAAUUCAUACAAGCUGCUGCUUUGGUGAGUCAUCCAGCUCUAUAUUCAAAGGAGUUAUUGGAUCAGCAUCCUGUUGGACCAGCAAUGAUUCAUCCAUCUGAAGCUGCUGCAAAAGGGCCAAGUUGGAAGGACCUACUUGAGCCUGGAGUUAAGCAUGCAUUGGUCGUUGGAAUUGGAAUUGAAUUGCUUCAGCAGCUCUCAGGUAUAAAUGGUGUGCUGUACUACACUCCCCAGAUUCUUGAGGAGGCAGGCGUAGGAGUUCUUCUGUCAAAUAUGGGCAUCAGUUCAGCAUCUGCAUCUUUGCUUAUCAGUGCUAUUACUACUUUGUUGAUGUUGCCGUCCAUAGCUAUUGCCAUGAGGCUUGUGGAUAUAGCUGGCAGAAGGAGUUUAUUGCUCUGGACCAUCCCUGUGCUUCUCAUGACACUGGUGAUUUUAGUGAUCGGAAGUGUAGUUAACAUGGGCAAGGUUGGAAAUGCAGCCGUUUCGACAGUUUGUGUGGUGCUCUACUUCUGCUUUUUUGUCAUGGGAUUCGGUCCAGUUCCGAAUAUACUUUGUUCAGAGAUAUUUCCGACGCGGGUACGCGGGGUCUGCAUUGCUCUAUGUUGCCUCACAUAUUGGAUCGGAGACAUCAUCGUAACGUAUACGCUGCCUGUGAUGCUGUCUUCAAUGGGACUGGGUGGUGUUUUUGGGACAUAUGCAGUGGUGUGCAUCAUUUCCUGGUUCUUUGCGUUCUUGAAGGUUCCAGAAACUAAGGGCAUGCCUCUGGAGGUGAUCAGUGAGUUCUUUUCUGUGGGUGCAAGGCAGGCCGUUGCUAUUGCCAAAAACAACUGAUGAUUAAGGGGAGUGGGAAAUGCUACCGUUUCGAGUCUUUUGAUUCAAAUAGUGAAUUUCAGUUUUCCAGUUUUGGUUGGUUCUGUCUUUGUAAAAUAGAAGAUGAGACUCUACGAUCAAAGUUACAGUAGGGCUUUAAAGGAAAAAAA